AGUAUUAGUAUUAGAUCGUCUCACACACAACCAAACAGACCCCAAAACGCAAUGCCUUUAUCCAUCCCUUUCCUUCUCUUUCUCUCCCUCCUCUCCCUCUUAACGCCUCCGUCAGUCUCCGUCAUCUCUCCGUCUCCGUCACCUCCCGUCUCCCCCUCCAUCGCAUGCAAGUCCACUCUCUACCCUAAGCUCUGCCGUUCAAUUCUCUCCGCCAUUCGCUCUCCACCGUCCGAUCCUUACACGUAUGGCCGGUUCUCCGUCAAGCAAUCCCUCAAGCAAGCGCGCAAAUCGACGAGCCUCCUCGAGCAUUUCCUCGCACACGGCCCAACGCGCCACAUGGAGGCAGGUGCGCUCUCCGAUUGCCGCCAGCUGUCCGACCUCAACCUCGACUUCCUAGCCACAAUCUCAGCCGAGCUCAGCUCGACCGGGCCGCUGACUGACGAGGUCGUGGACCGGGUUCGGACGCUGCUGAGCGCGAUCGUUACCAACCAGCAAACAUGCUUCGAUGGGCUGGAAGCUUCUAGAAGCAGCCUACUGAAGGGCGUGCUGCAAGCACCCUUCUCUAAUGCGACCGAGCUCUACAGCGUCUCGCUUGGGCUGGUGAACCACGAGCUGGGGUCGAGGAAGCGCAAAGGGCGGUCCUUGGAGGAGAACCGGUCGGGCGGUUUUUCUCCCUUUGCUGACUCCGGUCGAGAGCGACGGAAUCUUAUCGAAGGGGUCGGCAAUAAGAUUUUGGUGAGAGAUUCUGUGAUGGUCGCCAAGGAUGGGAGUGGGAACUUCACAUCAAUCGGAGAUGCAGUCGCCUUUGCGCCAAACAACACAAUAGCCGAACAGGGAUAUUUCGUCAUUUUUGUUGGGGAAGGAGUUUAUGAAGAGUAUGUUUUGGUGGCGAAGAACAAGAAGAAUUUGAUGUUAAUAGGAGAUGGAAUCAACAAAACGGUGAUUACCGGGAAUCGAAGUGUGAACGACAAUUGGACAACCUAUAACUCGGCAACAUUUGCUGUUGUGGGGGAGAGAUUCGUAGCCAUAAACAUAACCUUCAAGAACACUGCUGGCCCAGAGAAACACCAGGCGGUGGCUGUAAGGAACAACGCCGAUCUCUCCACCUUCUACCAUUGUAGCUUCGAAGGUUAUCAAGAUACUCUAUAUGUUCACUCCCUUAGACAGUUUUACAGAGAAUGUGACAUUUACGGAACCGUCGAUUUCAUCUUUGGAAACGCCGCUUCCAUCUUCCAAAACUGUAAUCUCUUUGCCAGAAAGCCCAUGCCUGGCCAGAAGAUUGCCAUCACUGCCCAAGGCCGCACAGACCCAAAUCAGAACACGGGCAUCUCCAUCCAUAACUGCACGGUGCGAGCCACGCCGGACUUGGCAGAGGACCUGAGCUUCAGUAGAAGUUAUUUGGGUCGACCAUGGAAGGAGUAUUCUCGGACUGUAUACAUGCAAUCGUUCAUUGAUAACUUGAUUGAUCCAGUUGGAUGGUUGGAAUGGAAUGGGACCGUUGGAUUGAGUACCCUUUACUAUGGAGAGUUUGAAAAUUACGGACCUGGUGCGAACACCAGUGGGAGAGUGCAAUGGCCUGGUUAUAGCUUGAUGAAUUCUUCACAGGCCAUGAACUUCACUGUUUAUAAUUUUACAAUGGGUGAUACAUGGUUGCCUUCUACUAUCAUACCCUUUUCUAGUGGAUUAUUGUAACCUGUUAGUUGAUUUUUUCUAAAGAAAUUGUAAGUUAGAAAAUUCUUUUCUAUUGAGAAAUUAAUGCAAAUGUAUUAUCAUUUGCCA